CAGUGUGGCUUCAAGCAUUCAACAGCCGCCAUAGCGAGCCCCAAUGGAAUCAGCGCUCCACUUGCUCAUCCUCUCCAUCUCCCUCUCCUCCGUCUACAACGCUUCAGCCUACAACCCAACCACUGCUUACUUUCUCAACUGCGGCUCCUCAACCAACAUCACCUUCUCUGAUGAAAGUAGAACCUUCACUACAGACUCACCAUUCCUGAUCUCAUCCUCAACCUCCAAUACUGUAUCAGUCACAGACCCAAUUAACCAAUCCAAUUCUCUCUACAACACUGCCAGGCUCUUCACCCAUACCUCUUCCUAUAACUUCCCCAUCAAGACCACAGGUACCUAUGUUCUCCGUCUCCAUUUCUUCCCUUUCAUUACAAAAAGUUACAACCUAAUUAACUCCUCCAACUUCAACGUCUCUUCUCCCCAAACCCAAACAUUCCUCCUCGGCUCUUUCUCACCAUCCAAGUCCAACACAAGCACCAUCAAAGAGUACUACCUCUGGCUCGACACUGACGGUCUCAUCCUCACCUUUACUCCCAACUCUCCAUCUCUAGCUUUUAUCAGCGCCAUCGAGCUUUUCACCGCACCUCUUUCACUCAUCAACGACACCGAACCAACAACAGUUUCCACAACCGGACAAGACUUCAACAUCGGUGACCUCAGUCGUCAGUCGUUAGAGACCCUCUACCGUGUUAACGUCGGCGGCCCACUUAUAACUCCGACCAACGACACUCUCUGGAGAACCUGGAUUCCCGACGAUCCCUUCCUCUACUCCAUUUCCUCCUCAUCUAAAGAGGACUCCACUAGUACUGACAAUAUAAAGUACGGGCUUGACACUCGUGAGGUCGCGCCUCCGUUCGUCUACAGCACUGUUCGAGAGAUGAACAUCUCGAGCAUUACCCGGGUUGCCAAUUCCAACUUCAACUUCAACCUGACAUGGACCUUCAAAGUGCCGGCUGGGUACAAGUACUUCAUUCGCAUGCACUUCUGCGACAUCGUCUCCAACCAGCCUCUUGACUUGAUCUUCGAUGUCUAUAUUGGUGACGCCUCUGCGUACCCAAACUUGCAGCUUGGCUCACUCACUCACCUAAGCCUGGAUGCUGCCCACUACUUGGACUUCAUCACCGAUGAAGACAUUGUCGAAAAUUCUGGUUUACUGAACGUGAGUGUUGGCCGGUCCAGUAAGAGCACUCCGGACACUGCAAAUGCUAUCAUGAAUGGGUUGGAGAUCAUGAAGAUCAACAACUCUGUUGGUAGCCUAAAUGGUAGCUAUAACUCCUUUGCUUCAAACUCUGUGAAGAGAUCCACCCAUGUUGGUAUCACUGUUAUCAUAGUUUCAGUUGUUGCUGCUGCAUUGGUUAGUCUCAUCGCAGUAUCAAUCACCAUCGUCAUCUUGAUGCGCAAGAGAACCAAACCGGCACCAUUAAACCCAAAAGCAAACACCACAACUGCUGUCUUCUGUUCACCUCACCAUAAGGACAGCGUAAACAAGUCCAGCAGCGGAGCAACACCAAGAAUGAAGAUGGGGUUGGAGCUCUACAUCCCUUUAUCUGACAUCAAACUCGCAACCAAUGACUUUGACGAGGCACUUGUCAUUGGCCAUGGUGGCUUCGGAAAGGUCUACAAAGGUGUUCUCUCUGAUGGCACGAUGGUUGCAGUGAAGCGAGCCAUUGGUAGGUCGAGACAAGGCUACCCUGAGUUUGUGAACGAGAUCAAUCUCCUCUCAAAGAUCAGGCACCGACACCUCGUCUCAAUCAUUGGCUACUGUGAUGAAAUGGGAGAGAUGAUCCUCGUCUAUGAGUUCAUGGAGAACGGGACACUGAAGAACUACUUGUAUGGCUCACUAGACUUGCCCUGUUUGUCAUGGAAACAGAGGUUGCAGGUGUGCAUUGGAGCUGCCAGAGGUCUUGACUACCUCCACACUGCUCACUCUCCGGUAAUCAUCCAUAGAGAUGUGAAAUCCACCAACAUACUUCUCGGGCAGGAUUUCCUAGCCAAGAUCUCAGACUUUGGAAUCUCCAAACUGGGGCCUUUAUUAGGAGAAGAUACUUAUGUGAGCACUGGAGUGAAGGGGAGCUUUGGCUACUUCGAUCCAGAGUACUUUAGAAUGCUGAGACUCACAACUAAAUCAGAUGUAUACUCUUUUGGUGUUGUUCUCUUUGAGGUUUUAUGUGCCAGGCCUGUGAUCGAUCCCAGGUUUAAGGACGAGGCGGUCAACCUUGCAGACUGGGCUUUGCAUUACCUGAAGAAAGGAAAACUUGAGAAGAUCAUAGAUGUAAGACUCGUUGGCGAGAUUAACCCUAAGUCAUUGGAGAAGUUUGGGGAGAUUGCUGAGAGGUGUCUGGCCAAGCAUGGUGAUGAUAGGCCAACCAUUAGAGAUGUUUUGUGGGACUUGGAGUAUGCUCAGCAUCUCCAAGAAACAGAGCUAAUAAGAGAGCCCCACGAGGACAGUGGAAUUGUGGAUAGCCAAAUCCAGUCUCUGAGUCUUAUGAGAAGAGUGUCUUUCGCUUGCAUAGACAUAGAUGAUGAAGAUAAUAAUGUGAUUGAGAUGAGUAGUGAGCAGUUGGAUGUGAAUCCCUGACAGGUAUCAUCA